AUGGAAAAAUUUGAUAGUGAACGACGUGCUAGGAGGCAAGCCUCGAUAAAUUCAGAGGUUAGUCCGUCAUUAAGCCCAAGAGAUCGUAGCCUUUUCGCUGAUGCCUCAUUAGAAAAAAAGGAGGAAGCCAGUAAAACCGGUGGCUCCAUUCGUCGAACUUUUGGUAGCAUUAAAGAAUCAGUUGGAGGUUUAAAGGAUAAAGUAUUAGGAAAAUCAACUGAAAAGCAUUCCUUACAACGGCAGCAUCACAUUAGUGAUCUUACGUCAAAGGGGUUUCAGGGAUCGACAUCUAUACAUGAUUUAUCAGAAUCUUCAGGAGACGAUAGCGAUCACCAUCGGAAGCGCAAUCAUUCAACAUACGAUAAUACAACCAAAGCUAGUGAUAGAAUUCGUAAUGAAAGAUUAGGAUCAAGAAAUCUCGAUAUCGAUUCUGAUGAUGAUCAAUUUAUGGCAAGAAGAGAUCGUAGAAAGCAUGCAACAGAUAAAUAUGAUAGUGAUUUAACAUCUACACGUAAAACAAAUGAGAAAUUUAAUUCUCGUAACAGAUCUUCAAAAUUAAGUAGUUCAAAUAGUAUUCACGAUUGGAAGGCCGAAAAGAAACACGACGCCAACGACGAUGAUUCAAUCUUAUUUCCUCAAAGCCGAAAUCAGAAAGAUAAAUCUCAAAAAAAUAAAGCAUCCUCACAGAAAUCAUCUUUACUAAAUCGUAGUUCAAGCAGGGAAAGCCAUAGUAAUCGAGAUUUAACAGACAAGCUAGGGCUUGGGCGUAGAAAUAGUAAAGAAACAAAGCAAGGAGACUGGCAAUCGUCUCCGUCACCCAGACGAUCAUCUAAAUCUUUGUUUAACUCCAAGGAUAAAGACCAGCUAAAAUCAAUCGAUGAGCCGUUUAAAGAUGAAAGUCCAAGAAAGAGGCAAUUGAAUAAAGCUUCAAAAGACCCUAGAGUAGCAACAGAUAGGCGUCUCAAGGAUAGACCAAAAACAGCUACCGCGACCAGUAAACCAACGUCAUCUGCACUAUCACCGAGGAAAUCUCGCCCAAUUUCUGCUUCUAGUCCUAGAAAAGGGAAUAAAGCAUCUAUUAAUCGUAGUGAAGAUGCUUUCGAUUUUACUACUAUGAAAGAUUCUUUAGACAUAACCAAUGACGAUCGAUCACCUCGAGAUGUAGGACCUAUUGAUCAUUAUCCGUUUACGACACCUAUAAAUCAAACUAUUAGUCAACAUGACAUACUACAAAGGACACCCAGUGCAGCUAUCCGGAACAGCACCGAAGGGCAUAAAACGGGAACAGGUCAACUUCUUGGAGUAUUUGAGCAAAUCAAGGCCAAGCGGCAAGAAAAUUUACUUUCUAUGAGCCAAAGUGGUAAAGAUUUGCUAUUGAAGACACAAGGAAGUACUGGCUACUUUUCUAAUAAAAGCCCAAGAGAUAUUAGAACCAGUGAUCUAGCCAAUGAAUUGGCACAAACUGGCCAAGAAUAUUUCUCGGAAACCGCUCGAGAGAACCGAAACAACCGAAGUUAUCCGGGAUCGAGUACGUUUAUGCACGAGUGGAGGCAAAAAGAAUUACAAAAUGAUCAAUUUGAUGGCAUAGAUAUUUAUGAAGAACAAUAUGAAACUUCUCGAGCAAUAAGAGAAUCAGUGUAUGAAGAAUGGCGCAAGGAAAAAUUGCUUAAAGAAAAGAAACGAUUGAAAGCAAAAUUAGAAGGUGAAAAACGCAAGGAAGCAGAGGAACGUUUGAAAAAGGAACAGCAAAAAGCGGAAGCUGCUAAGGCACUAGUUUAUUGGAAUGAAGACAAGAAAAAUAAAUUAAAAGCUAAACAGCAAGAAAUUAAAAAGAUUAAUCGAGAAAAAGAAGAAGAAGAACUGAAAAAACGAAGGAAGAAAAAGGAUGCAGAAAAGUAUUUCAGAGUUUGGAAAGAGGAUAAGGAUGUAAAGAUAGUUGAACAACAUAAGAAACGAUUAAAAGAAGAGAAAAAGAAAGUCAGAGAAGCAGAAAAAGCCAAGAAAGAUAAAAUAAAAGAUUCCAAAGUAGCAUUUGAAGCUUGGAGUAAAAAGAAAGACGUAUUACUACAGGAUCAGCAAAAGCAAAAAGUGAAGAUAGAGCGUAAAAAAUUGAAAGAAGAGCAACAGAAACGAGAGAAAAAAGCCAAAGAAGCUUCCAAAGCAUACGACGACUGGAAAAGUAAUGUUAAUUAUCGUCCUCGAAAGGGAAGUUUCACGCAAGCAUCGGAAAGGGAACCAUGGAAACCGAAUAGCCAUACUAUAAAUCCGUUUAAACAAAAUGAACAGUCAUUUGAAAUCCGCGUCAUAUAUUAG